UCAUUUUCGGGUCGUGUCGUGAAGUCACAAGACCUGUCAGCUGAGAGUCUUGUGAUUAUUGAUAAAAAUUGGUUCUAUUUGAUUUAGUUGGUUGCAAUUUCCACCAAGUUUAGUCGUUUUUGCAACUUCCCAAUCAGGAUAACACCAUGUCUAACCUGAAGAAAAUCGCUGAUGAGGAGAAGGAGUCCAUGUACGGCUAUGUCUUCGCCGUAUCCGGCCCUGUCGUCACGGCCGAAAGGAUGUCCGGAUCCGCUAUGUACGAGCUCGUGCGUGUGGGCUACUAUGAGCUCGUGGGAGAAAUCAUCCGUCUGGAGGGUGACAUGGCCACCAUUCAGGUGUACGAGGAGACAUCCGGUGUGACCGUGGGAGAUCCUGUGCUGCGGACCGGAAAGCCUCUCUCCGUGGAAUUGGGUCCAGGCAUCAUGGGAAGUAUAUUCGACGGCAUCCAGCGUCCGCUGAAAGACAUCAACGAACUCACGAGCUCCAUCUACAUCCCCAAGGGUAUCAACGUGCCCUGCCUGUCGCGCGAUGCUUCCUGGGACUUUGCGCCGCUCAACGUGAAGGUGGGCUCUCACAUCACCGGGGGUGACAUGUACGGUCUUGUGCACGAGAACACUCUGGUGAAGCACAAGAUGAUCGUGCCGCCGCGUGCCAAGGGCACAGUGAGGUACAUCGCUCCGCCUGGCAACUACAAGGUCACCGAUGUGGUGCUGGAGACCGAGUUCGAUGGGGAGAUCACGAAGCACACUAUGUUGCAAGUGUGGCCGGUGCGUCAGCCGCGUCCGUGCACGGAGAAACUGCCCGCCAAUCAUCCCUUGCUCACGGGCCAGCGUGUCCUGGACUCCCUCUUCCCGUGCGUCCAGGGCGGCACCACUGCCAUUCCUGGGGCUUUCGGUUGUGGCAAGACUGUCAUCUCACAGGCCCUGUCCAAGUACUCCAACUCCGACGUGAUCAUCUACGUGGGCUGCGGAGAGCGUGGUAAUGAGAUGUCUGAGGUACUCAGGGACUUCCCUGAGCUGUCCGUGGAGAUUGACGGUGUGACGGAGUCUAUCAUGAAGCGUACCGCCCUCGUGGCCAACACCUCCAACAUGCCCGUGGCUGCCCGAGAGGCCUCCAUCUACACGGGUAUCACACUGUCCGAGUACUUCCGUGACAUGGGCUACAACGUGUCCAUGAUGGCUGACUCCACGUCGCGUUGGGCUGAGGCUCUUCGUGAGAUUUCGGGUCGUCUGGCUGAGAUGCCUGCCGAUUCCGGCUAUCCGGCCUACCUGGGCGCCCGUCUGGCCUCCUUCUACGAGCGCGCCGGUCGCGUGAAGUGUCUGGGCAAUCCAGAACGUGAGGGCUCUGUGUCCAUUGUGGGCGCCGUAUCGCCGCCCGGUGGUGACUUCUCCGAUCCCGUCACAUCCGCCACGCUGGCCAUCGUACAAGUGUUUUGGGGUUUGGACAAGAAAUUGGCACAGAGGAAGCACUUCCCCUCCAUCAACUGGCUCAUCUCCUACAGUAAAUACAUGCGCGCCCUGGAUGACUUCUACGACAAGAACUUCCAAGAGUUUGUGCCAUUGAGGACCAAAGUGAAGGAGAUCCUGCAGGAGGAGGAGGACUUGUCUGAAAUUGUGCAGCUGGUCGGCAAGGCUUCACUGGCUGAGACAGACAAAAUCACGCUGGAGGUGGCCAAAUUGCUCAAAGACGACUUCCUGCAGCAGAACUCCUACUCGUCCUACGAUCGCUUCUGUCCCUUCUACAAGACCGUGGGCAUGCUGAAGAACAUGAUCGCCUUCUACGACCUGUCGCGCCAUGCUGUGGAGUCGACGGCCCAGUCGGAGAACAAGAUCACGUGGAACGUGAUCCGUGACUCGAUGGGCAACAUCAUGUACCAGCUGUCGUCGAUGAAGUUCAAGGAUCCCGUCAAGGAUGGCGAGGCGAAGAUUAAGGCGGACUUUGAUCAGAUGUACGAGGAUUUGCAGGCGGCUUUCCGCAAUUUGGAGGAUUAAGUUGCACACAUUUAGCAGUGAGAUAGAGAAAAGAAAAAAAAGAAGAAAUUCGCAAGAUAGUAGAGACAAGUGGCGUACAAUAAAUUAAAAUUAAACUAUUGAGAGAUGAAGGAAAAAAUAUUCAAAUCGAUCACAUUUAAUGAAAAUGAAAGAAAUACAAACUAUACCCACUUAUUUAAAGAAUAAAAUUAACAUUUGAGGAAAGAUUUUACUGUGCAAAUCUGUAUGUGCAUUACUGUAAAUUUGUUAACUUUUAUCAUCAUGGUAAUUGUAAAAUGAUAGAUGGUGAAGAAGAAGAAAUGGAAUUUGAUGCAAAAUCCUUCUGAAAAAAUGGAUAUUUAUAGCUAUAUAUCAGAAGCAUGAAAACUCCUAAUAUUAAUAUAUUUAAAAAUGAUGAAUAAACCAAUAAUGCAUUCCAAUUUCAAUUAAACGUGAGAAAAUUAAGUAAUUCUCUGUAGAAGACAUUGAGUAGAUUUUGAUCGAGUUGAUGUGCUGGAAAAGCAUUAAAAAAAAGCACAAUUUUUUUUUGUGAAAAAGCAACUCAUUUUUGGCUCUAAAAAAACUGUCACUCGUUAGUGGAAAUCGAGUGAAGAGAUGCUUGAACCCCUUUUUAAUCUUCUCUGUGGUGCUUGGAAAUUGUAAUUUCAUCGUUCCUGCAUGCAAAUCCUUUCCCUUUUCACUGUUUUCCCCUCCUUUUUUUCCUCCAUACGUUUUACUUUUCUUCAUAGCGUUCUUGUUCUGAGUUUUUUUUUUUCAAUAAAAGUGGGUUUUUUCUGCUAGAAUUAUUAUUGUUCCAGUAUUAAAAAUCAUUUUUCAUGCAAUAUUGCAUAUUAGAUAUUGAUCGUUAUUCGUCGAUUGUUAAGAAGAAUUGCAUAUAAAAUGUAAAAAAAUGAUACCAUCAGCAGCAGAUAAUGGCUAGAUGAAGAGUUAUUGUGUUGAUGAAGCAACGUGUAAUAAAUAGACGAGAAAAUGUA